GUUUCUAAAAUUCCAAUUUUUUUUUUUGGUUUUCAGACAGUAAAAAUUUCCCCUUUUGUUUUUCCCACACCUUCUCUUCCAUUUCCUUCUUCCUCCCCCCAUUUUUCUUCUUUCCUCUGCAAUUUCCCCACUUCCUCUUUCAUCAAUUCUUCCCAAAUUAUGCAUUUUUGAUGUUUUUUUCCUCAAUUUCUGCUCCCCUUUGUAACCCAACAUUCUAUUUUCUUAACUUCUCAGAUCGUACUCUUGUCCUUCGUCGAAUUCUUCUUCAGAACUUCAUUGGAUUGCUUCAUACCAUAUCUGCUUGGGUUCUCAAAAUCAAGUUGAAUGAGGUGGUUUCACUACCUAUAGGUUAACAUAAUGUUCUGUAUGGAAGUUUACGUUUGAGCUAUGGAUUAAAAUUUGAGUUGGAUUAGGUGAAUGGGGAUUCAAACUAUGGGGUCUCAGGCCGGAGGUGAUCCAAAUGGCAAACAAUCACAAUUCCAGCCAUUGGUUCGUCAAAAUUCACUGUAUAGUCUCACACUGGAUGAGGUCCAAAAUCAGUUGGGUGAUCUAGGAAAGCCAUUAAUCAGCAUGAACCUUGAUGAGCUUCUUAAAAAUGUGUGGACUGCUGAGGCCAACCAAACUGUUGGUAAGGACAAUGAGGACAAUAAUGUCUUGGCCAAUCAAACAUCCCUACAACGUCAGGCUAGUCUUUCAUUGAAUGGUGCUCUGAGUAAAAAGACUGUCGAUGAGGUGUGGAGAGACAUUCAACAAAGCAAAGAUAGCGAGGAGAAGAAGUCUCGUGAACGACAACCUACGUUGGGAGAGAUGACAUUGGAAGAUUUUCUGGUGAAAGCAGGGGUGGUUGCUGAGACAUCGUCAAAUAAAAAAGGUGGGGGUCCUGUUGUUGAAAUUGAUGCAAAUAUCACACCCCAGUUUCAACAAACGCAGUGGAUGCAGUACCCCCAACCUCAGUAUCAGUCUCAACAAGCAGCAAUGAUGGGGGUUUACAUGUCGGGCCAGCCUAUUCCCCAGCCACUGCAUGUGGGAGGUGGUGCUGUGAUGGAUGUUCCAUAUGUAGACAAUCAGUUGGCAUUGCCAACUCCUUUGAUGGGAGCUUUAUCUGAUACACAGACAUCUGGAAGAAAAAGGGGAACACCUGAAGACAUGAUUGAGAAAACUGUUGAGCGUAGACAGAAGAGGAUGAUAAAGAAUCGGGAAUCUGCUGCUCGUUCACGAGCAAGGAAGCAGGCAUAUACCAAUGAACUGGAGAAUAAAGUUUCACGUUUGGAAGAGGAGAAUGAAAGGCUCAGGAAACGGAAGGAGCUGGAAAAGAUGCUACCGUUGGCUCCCUCGCCCGAGCCGAAGUAUCAGCUUCGAAGAACAUCGUCGGCGCCGUUCUAACUUGCACAUCAUUUCUCUCUCUCUCUUUCUUCCUCACUCUCUCUCUCUCACUCAUAAAGUGUAUGUUGGUUCUUCUUGUUGAUAGUUUGUUUCUAACUAUCAUCAAGUUUUGUUUGUACUUAUUAGUGCUCUGUUAUAUUAAAUCAGUGGUAGAGAGAUUCUAAUGGGACCAUUUUAACUUUGAAUGUCUCUAUGAUUUGUCAUAUAAAGUUUUUAGUUGAGCUUCAAAACAAACAAAAAGAAUGUUUGAAUGUAAAUUUUCAGAGUUUCAUAAGAAAAAA